AUGAGUCGCCAAGGCCUGGAACCGCCCUCGGCGAUGGAGAGAGGGAGUGAAUCGACGUCAGGCCAUGUGCAACAGAAGCAGCAGCAGCAGCCCGUAUACACGUGCCGGUUCUGCUUGGACACCAACAACCAAAUGAGCAUGGUGAUGCCCUGCAACUGCAAAGGCAACUUCAGCCACGCCCACGCCAACUGCGUUGCAAUACAGAUAUAUCAGAAUCGAGUGUACGCCUGCCACAUCUGCCAUUAUGACUUCAACAUCCGCUGGGACAACCAGAAGAGUUUCGUGGACUGGCUGCUCGACAGCGACAACCUGUCCGACCACGUGCUGUUCGCUCUGAGCGUGCUCUUCACGCUCAGCCUGGUGCUGGUGCUGACGUUCGCCUGGCUCCAAGCUACGCAAACGCUGGCGCGCUUCUCCUGGCUGCUGGCCUUGCCGCUCGCCCUUCUGCUGCUGCUGCAGAGCUUCACCUGGAUGGGCUUCGCGUUCUACAGCCUAUGGUUGUACCGAAAGGCGUAUCUCAUCUGGAAGGUCCAGUCGCCGCCACCAGCUCUGCGGCACCGAUUGGAGUCGCAGGCGACAGCGACACCGGGACGUCGCUGA